CUCGAGCAGAUUCGUCUAGCAGCUAGAUUGAGAAUGAGGUGCCUGAUUGUGUCCUUUGCAAUUGUCGCUGUCCUGGCUUUCCAGGCCACAGCCGGAGAUGUGAUUAUCGGCGGAGUAUGCCAGGAUUGCAGUCCUCCGGUGGCGGAAAACGUUGUGGUCGGUGGCCAAUCCUACAGGACGGGUAGGCCGGGCCAGGGAACGGUCUAUAUCAAUUCGCCCGACGCUUAUCCAGGAGCUCUGGGCUCUCCAGUCCGGCGACCUGCGUCUGGCGGCGGACGAGGCGGUGGCUCCCAGUAUCCGGAUGGCUACAGUGGUCGCCUGCCUGGUGGCACUUACCUUCACAAUAAGGAUUGCGUGGGCUGCAGCAUCAGCGGAGGUGGUGAUUAAGCAAUUAAACAGUGUUCAGAACAUAAAAUACCUCGCAUUUUUUAUUUUUCCGGCAUUACUGACCACUCUUUAAUAAAUUCGCAAGUGUUAACUUUCGUUGGUCACAUUA